AUGUUUCCUCCUAAUGAGGGAACACGUCCCCCAGAUAAUCCUAGCAAUCAGUCUCCUCGAGGCCCACGAAAUCGUCGGUCUUACUACAUUAACCCUUCACGAGGUUUCCAUGACCAUCCUUACUCGGGUUUCAAUGAGCAGCACGUCUAUCCCCAGAACCAGUACCUCAACGUCUAUUCUGGCCACGAUUAUCCUGCCGUUAUUGGUUUCAGUCAACAGCCUCCCCCGGUUUACCAGCAGUACUAUCCCACUUAUGAUGCUACUCUAAAUGGUAACUUUGGCCCAGCUCAGGAAACGAACCUGGGACAAGCCAAUACAUUGGUAGCUUCCCUUCUGGUUCCAACUGCUGUGCCAUAUGUGCCCCUCUCUGAGAGACAGCACUGGCAACAGCCACAGGGUUAUGAUUCACCCAUUGCUUCCUCGGGGUCACCAUAUCGCUCUCCAGCACCCGCGUAUGGCUCUCCCGAAUAUGGUUCUCCCGCAUAUGGUUCUCCGCAACGAUAUGUCCAAGCAACUGCCCAGAGUCAAACUCCCAAGCGCUCCACCCUGAGAGCCACUGCUCCGCCAUUCUACCCUGCUCACAUGCGACAGAAUGCAGCCUCGCCCCCACAGGAGGAGAUCGAGGAAGCCCCGAUCAUCCAGCAGAGUGCUCGUGCCAAGAUCUACGAGCAGAUGCCUGUGCCUGAAAACAUGGCACCCAUGAGAAAGAGGAGGACUCGUGGAGGAGGAUUUGUGAACAGCAACCAGCGUCCUGAAGUCGUCAUUCGUGAGUGCAAUGGCCAGAGCAGCUCUAUCCCAUCCUUGGUUGCUGACGCAAGACAUCAAGCGGUAAUUCCACCGCAGCGCUCUAAGCCUCCGAGACGUCGUACUCUUGCAGAGUGCCCGGUGCAGAGCCUCACUCGCCCCUCUGUGGGACAAUGGAAGGAGUUGGAAGAAGACGUGCCCGCUCAACAGGGCUCCGAACGACGUGCUGCCAACCCACGCCACUUUAUGGAGGAUGUCCCUGAAUAUGACGAGUCGCCUCUUCGUCCUCGCGAGAGGGAUUCGAUUUCGGAGUUCGAGCUUGCCCGUACCAACGAGGAAGCCUAUGGCCGAUUCAACCACCACCAUGGCUCUCCUGCUACUGGGCGCUGA